GAGAGAGGAUGGGAAAGCUGAGCCCUGAAAAGGACACCACAAAAGUUCAGUAAGUGAAGAGAAACCUGAGCUGAGCCCCUGACGUGCAGUUCCCACUCUGAAUACACCAUGGAGAUUGAGCAGAAGAAGGUGUUUGCCAAUAAAAUACCAAGCAGGCUAAUGAAGGACAAUCUGUUAUCUGUGAGGAAUCCAUGCUGCAUGAGGCAGCUUUUUCUGCUCAGCAUUAAGCAGAGUCCCCGGUCCUCUGAGGCAGCUGAAGAUGAAAAGGAGCAGCGCACAGUGACAGUCAACCCCUCUCACAUGAGAAAGGCAUUCAAGGUCAUGAAUGAAUUACGGAGCAAGCGGCUCCUCUGCGACGUGGUGAUUGUGGCUGAAACUGUGGAGAUGGAAGCUCACCGCGUGGUGCUUGCAGCCUGCAGCCCUUACUUCUGUGCCAUGUUUACAGGAGACAUGUCUGAGAGCAAAGCCAAGAAGAUUGAGAUAAAAGACGUUGAUGGGCAGACCCUGAGGAAGCUGAUUGAUUACAUCUACACCGCUGAGAUCGAGGUCACAGAAGAGAAUGUGCAGGUUUUGUUGCCAGCUGCUAGUUUAUUGCAACUGAUGGAUGUUAGGAAAAACUGCUGUGACUUCCUUCAGUCCCAGCUGCAUCCCACCAACUGCCUUGGAAUCCGAGCGUUCGCCGACGUGCACGCGUGUACGGAGCUGCUGCAGCAGGCGAACGCCUACGCAGAGCAGCACUUUCCUGAGGUGAUGCUAGGAGAAGAAUUUCUUAGCCUUAGUCUGGACCAGGUUUGCAGUUUAAUAUCGAGUGACAAGCUCACAGUCUCCUCUGAAGAAAAGGUCUUUGAAGCUGUUAUUUCUUGGAUCAAUUAUGAGAAGGAGUCUCGCUUAGAGCACAUGGCUAAGCUGAUGGAGCAUGUUCGCCUGCCUCUCUUGCCCAGAGAUUACCUUGUACAGACAGUUGAAGAAGAAGCUUUAAUCAAGAAUAACAACACCUGUAAAGACUUCCUCAUCGAGGCCAUGAAAUAUCAUUUGCUUCCUCUGGAUCAAAGGCAACUAAUAAAGAACCCCAGGACGAAGCCAAGGACCCCUGUUAGCCUGCCAAAGGUGAUGAUCGUGGUGGGUGGGCAGGCGCCCAAAGCCAUUCGCAGUGUGGAGUGCUAUGAUUUUGAGGAGGAGCGGUGGGAUCAGGUUGCUGAGCUUCCCUCACGGAGAUGCAGAGCAGGUGUGGUGUUUAUGGCUGGCAAUGUGUAUGCAGUUGGAGGCUUUAAUGGCUCUUUGAGGGUACGGACAGUGGACGUGUACGACGGCGUGAAGGACCAGUGGACAUCCAUCGCCAGCAUGCAGGAGAGGCGAAGCACCCUAGGAGCAGCUGUGCUCAAUGAUCUCCUGUAUGCAGUGGGCGGCUUUGAUGGCAGCACUGGUCUGGCAUCAGUUGAGGCCUAUAGCUAUAAAACCAAUGAGUGGUUUUUUGUGGCUCCCAUGAACACGAGAAGAAGCAGUGUUGGAGUUGGAGUUGUGGAGGGUAAGCUGUACGCCGUGGGGGGUUACGACGGAGCCUCCCGCCAGUGCCUUAGUACCGUGGAGCAGUACAACCCUGCCACCAACGAGUGGACCUACGUGGCCGACAUGAGCACACGGCGCAGCGGGGCAGGUGUUGGUGUUCUCAGUGGGCUGCUGUACGCGACCGGAGGCCAUGAUGGGCCCUUAGUGAGGAAGAGUGUGGAAGUCUACGACCCAGGAACAAACACCUGGAAGCAAGUAGCAGACAUGAAUAUGUGUAGAAGAAAUGCAGGUGUGUGCGCGGUGAAUGGGCUCCUCUACGUGGUGGGAGGAGAUGAUGGCUCCUGCAACUUGGCCUCGGUGGAAUACUACAACCCCAUCACAGACAAGUGGACGUUACUGCCAACCAGCAUGAGCACGGGGAGAAGCUACGCAGGUGUGGCUGUGAUCCACAAACCGUUGUGACACACGAUCAAGCCAAUGCAAGGAGCAGAGAAGUGAAGUGGAUCCAGCUGGGUGAUGUUAGGAAGAUGACUGAGCUCUGACCUGACCCAUCUCAUUGCUGUUAACGUCUCAGCAUGACAAGUGAUUGUUCCAAACAUCAUUUGCUCUGUGGUGGAUUGUGUAGCAAAGUGAAAAUCCCUGUGGGGACACACUCCAUGCUAGACACGAGGUGUUGCUUGUUAUCUGUGGUGCAAUCAACUGUUCUUCUCGAAGGCUGAUGUCCUGAGAUAAACACUCUGCUUGAACUGCAGGCACUCAAUUUCUUGUGUGAAACAGAACUGCUACGUUUGGGCAUGUGAGUCAAAAAGGAACACUUCUGGGUUUCCUCACUACUGAUGCUCCAUGCACAUAACUGGUUGACCUAUUUACUCACUGUGCCUGGAGGGUGGACUUCACUACUGGCAGUGGAAACUUCUGAAUGCCAGCUGAGAAAAGCAGUCAGCAGCAAUGGACUGGAGCAGGGUGCUCUGGCUUGAGUGUGACACUGUCUCAGUCAUACGUUUGUAUGUGCCACUGGACCACUGUAUGUAUCCCUGGAAUGCUUGUCGUGUGGUGGAAAUAAAUACCAUGUGAGUUUUCUACUUGCCAUGGAUGCUGUUUGCUGCACCUGAUGGGACCUGCUGGGCAGUGCCUUCCCGGGGGCUGAAGUCUCAGCACCUGAGCCAUGCAAAAUGUCUCUGCCCUGCAAGACCUAUGCUGCUCCCCUGGGACUUGUUGCUUCUGUGAGGCAAACGGUGCUGGAACAGAAAAUAGGCCAACCCAUGCACCCCCAGCUGUGCUGAAAGCCCCAGUCCUAGCUCUGCCCAGCAUCUUGAGGCCAUUUCAUAGGAGAGCAUUUAGCUGUUGUAACAAGUACCUUAUGGUGCCAUGAAUGUAGAGACGUUAAUAGGAGAAUCCUCUCUCACCCAAGCAGGGUUUAAUGAGCAAAGUGAAAUACCUGCAGUGUUUUAAUGCUUGCAGUCCAUGGAGAGUAACUACUCCCUGCCACUCUAACUGCUGGUUUAUCUUGCCCCUACUGGAGGUGUUCCUCUGUUAGUGUGAAGAAUUGAUGAGAUGAUUCAAAACAGACCAAUCUAGCUCCAGCUGUAUGGUAGCUGUCUUGCUGACAUCCCAAAUUCUUACAGCUUCCUGUUUAAGGUGUUUGACAUCAAAAUACCCUCCCUGUCCUUGUGAGCUCUGGUGUGCUUCUGCAGACACAGGUGGGCUCCCAAAGGACUCCCAGCUAAAGAGCAGGACUGAAGAGACAUCUUAGCUCUGCUUUUCUGUUGUUGGUGGUUGUUUUGUCUUUUACCCUCUGGAGAUCAGCUGAGGCUUUUUGUAGUAGGCAACUGGCCUGCAGGACCCUAUCUGCACAUGGUACUGCUGAGCUCUGGCCUGCAGGAGCUGAUCUGCACAUGUUGGUGCUGAGCUCUGGCCUGCAGGACCCGAUCUGCACAUGGUACUGCUGAGCUCUGGCCUGCAGGACCCUAUCUGCACAUGUCAGUGCUGAGCUGCAGCACUGCCAGCGCUGUUCUGCUGCUUGCUUUCUCCAGAGCUCCCCUAAAAGGCUUCCGUGUGGCCUCCUACAGCAGCAAAGAAAACUGCUUACCGUUUUAUUUCAGAGGGCUGUAAGGCUGCAUCAGCUCAUGCAGCUUUCGUAGGGGAGUGAGCUGCUUCUGGGAAGAGGUAGAUUUGAAUGGUUUUGGUGUUGGAGCUGACAUGGCCCUGGUGAGAUGGAUGCCUCUUUCCUGUGGAGGAAACCACAGCUACCUUUGUGCUGCCUCCCACGGAGGGGAAUGGCCCUUCAUGGGGAACGUGAGGUUGGAUGUUCUUGCCCCUCCAAACAAAAGCAGACUGUCCAACGGAAUGGCAGUGUUAUUCUUGAUCUCCCCUUCCAUUGUGUCUCAGCUCAGAGGUUUUGAGAAAAACAAAACUACUUUUCCUAUAAAACACUUUAAGCCUUUUGCUUUGGGUUCCUCAGUCCCCAGUGGAAUGUGCCAAAACAGCAGUACAUGACAUGCUGCUUUGGAGCAGCUCUUGCUUACUGUGAGGCUGGUAGGAGUGUAUCCCUGAUUGCUGCUGCCUUCAGAGCUGCAUCCUCACCUGCAUCUUUACCAGGACACAAGCAAGCUAAAGCUUUGGGUUGGACUGGCUCAGAUUCACUGCCCCCAAAGCAGACACCUUUGGUGCAGCCUGUGGGAAUAGAGACAGGCAAAAUGUUUUGGUCAGGGGCAGAAUCUCUUGUUUAGGUUGGGAUAAGUGGGCAAGGGUGGACAAGCAUUUGUGCAAACGUGGCCCUCCUUGGGUCUGCUGCAGACACAGAAUGUAAAGCUCAAUAAAUAGCUGCUGUAUAGCCCAACUGCAGCUGGGUGGCUGGGGACAGCUGCCAGCUCACCUCUCACCUGCUUGCACUUGGUGGAGUGUAGCAAAUGUUGUCAAGAGACAGAGUCUGUGGGCUAGAGAUCAAGCCCAGUAGGUAGGGCUGGAGGUGCAUGUUUUACAUGUGCUGUGUUUGUGACAUGGUGGUCUUAGAGGUCUCUCCCAACCAAGAUGAUGCCUGAAGGUUGGAUAACUUUUCCCCUGAUAGACAUCUCUGUCUAAACCUUCCUUGCUGACAAGGACAGCACUUGUGGAUGGUUUCCUGCCCUUGUAUCACAGCAUUUCUCCCGCUGCUGGCCUCAGCCCAUGGCUCUGUAUGGGGCUAGGCCCAGCAGCCCUCACCAGGGCCAAGUGGUGCUGCUGCAGGCUGCAGCCAGUUCUCCUGGGUGGCAAAUGACACAUUUCCUCCCCCCCCCAAAUGUUGCAGUGUUAUGCAAGCCAAGUGACCUCGUUUUCCAGCUAUGCAAUAUGAACAACCCUAACCCAUGAGCAGCCAGCUCUGGUCCUCCCCACCCCAACCUCUGGAUGCUUUGGGCAUUGGUCCACCUUUGGUGUGUGGUUCUGUGUGUGUGUGCUAACUCUUGAGCACCUGAGCCAGCUCCUUCAAAGACUGCCUUUUUCUAGGACUGCCAACGUAGCAAUUAGCCCUAACAAAUUCUGCUGUAAAUAUUUUUAUAGGACAAUUUCAAAUGAAUUGUUUUGUUCUGGGAUUGCUUUUUAUGGCUGUCAAGGACGCUCCUCUUCAAGUCUGGAUCUGAAUCUCAACACUCCAGUGCAGUUUGUUUGGGUGGGUUGUUUUUCUGCUGGCUGUGAUGUGGCUGUGAAUCUGUAUGAAGUAUCUGGAACAGGUUGCCCAGGGAGGUUGUGGAUGCUCCCUCCCUGGAGGGAGGCUGGGUUGGAUGUGGCCUUGAGUGACCUGUUCUAGUGGGAGGUGUCCCUGACUAUGGUGGGGCGUUGGAACUGGAUGAGCUUUGAGGUCCCUUCCAACCUAAACCAUUCUCUGAUUGUUCUUCUGUUGAUUCUACCAUAGAAGGAUGGCAUUGGCCUCAACAUCAUGGGACACAUCAAAAUCCAUGACCUCAGCCAGCAGCAGGCUCUUGGGUUAUCCAGUUGGUUUGUGGCAAUGGAAAGCCUCUUGAUUUGAUUUGCUCGUGCCACGUGUUGCUCCCUGCUCAGCCUGGAGGACAAGCUGUCCCUCGGCAGCGUUGUUUCUCAGCUCCUGCAUUGCUGGGUGAAGGUGGAGGAUGCCAUACACCCAACAGCACCCCUCCAGGCUGCCAAACCCAGUGACACUAUGGCAGGAGGCUUUAUAAAAGCUUCACAAACCCACCUCGGGCUCCUUCCUCACAACGGCCCUUUGUAAUACGAAGCUUUCCUCAGCUCUCUUCUGUCGUUGGCUCCUUUUAGGGGGUCACCGUGUGCUUGGCCUCCUUUUGGGCUUGUGGCUGUGGGUUUCUCAGAGGUGACUCUGGUGAGGAAGCAAAGCACCCCCAGGGAUGUGCACCCCCAGAAGCCAGCAGCAGCUCGUGUGGGUGCAGGCGCCGCGGAGCAGGAGAGCACAUGCAGAGCCGGAAUGAGCUGCCUCAAGCAAUCUGUUGUAUAAACAAGUUUGAAUCAAGCCCAUCUUUCCCAUUUGUGCCUAAUAGAUAAAUUGUGGGUGAUUAAACCCAAUUUCCAGUUCAUUCAGUGUAGCCAAAGACAUUCCCUUUUGGUCCAGCUGUGUACGGCACUGUAAUUACCGUAAAUAUCCUUGGCAGCGCUCGCAGCCAGCACCACGAACAGCUCAAUCCUGUCCUCUCCUUGGCAGCCUGUGGAGAGCAGAAUCCUUUCUGCCCGGCGAUGUUCACCAGGCUAAGGUGAUGGCUAAAUGCAGCUGCUUUUUAGCCUUUGGGCUUCGUGGCUAAUCAAAUGUACUUAUCAAAGCAGUUGCCCCCUUGGCUUGGCAGCGUGCCCACGAAUCACAUCCACCUGAGCAGAACUUGCUGCUCAAAGCUGCAGUGUUUGGGGAGUGUGUCCGAUGUGACAGCCUGGAAAGAACUUCUUUCACUGCCUCCUCUGCCCUUACCUUCAUUUAUAGCUUUAUAAAUUAUUCUCCCCCUCUAUGGUGUCAAUAAAUAAAUAAAUAUUGAGAAUUUUUGUUUGUGUAUUUUAUGUCUAGGGAAAAAAAAAACUAAACCAAACCCAAAUGCUUUAAGAGCAGUGAAUGAUUGUGAGAUAAUUUAGCUGGGUGUGAAAUUCUUUGUCGGUUUGGUGGCUGGCAGCAACCCUGCUGAGCUGGUUGACUCUUUAAGCUAAUUUUUUCAUCAAAGAUUACUUCCCCCCACCCCCCUUGCAUGAGUGUGAAGGACCAAGGACUUUGCAAAGUAAUUCUCUUGCCAGCUGUCUUGUCCAGUGUGACAAACGACUCCAGAAACAUUCUUCACUGACGUAUUUAUAUCACAGAACAAAAUCAUGUUGUAAUUCCCCACCCUUUAAUUUGAAUAAACACUGGGCUCCUGAAA